GCAGCAUCGGCGUCUCUCAGCGGGAUCCCCGUCCUUACCAAGCCGGACCCCGUCGUUCCAGCCUCGUCUUUUUCAGUACACCUUUCUAUACCCUGGUUAAGAAGAAAAAAAAGAAGCCCCCAGUGUAUUUCUGAAGAGGUUGUUGCGGGUCUGAAGCUUAUUUGGACAGCAGGACAGCCGAGCGGUGCUUGGAUGAGCCGCCUGGCUGAAAUCCCGAGAUGGAGUUGCUGCUGAUCUGCCUUUCCCUGUGGAUAUUGCAAUGCAAUUCGGCCAAAGCGGACUCCAUCAUUCAUAUCGGCGCCAUAUUCGAGGAAAACGCUGUGAGAGACGAUGAGAUUUUCCAACUUGCUAUCUCAGACCUGAGUCUGAACGACGACAUUCUGCAGAGCGAGAAAAUCACUCACUCCGUAAAGUUGAUCGAGCCCAAUAACCCUUUCCAGGCCGUCCAGGAAGGUAAAGUCCACGUCACAACAGAUUGGUGUUUCUUUCUGUAUACUUUAUGACGCGUGUGACUGCCC